CUCUCACACACACAACAGAGUAUCCGGGCCGGUGACUUGGAAGCUCAGCUGCCUGGAUUCCCCGCGGUCACUUUCAAGUCUCGCUGCCGCACCGCGUUGUGUGAAACACUCAAAGGCGCUCAUGUGGUCCACCUGUUCCCCGCCGCUGCCCGCAUUCCUGCUCAGACGCGCGCGCGCGCGCACACACGGACGGACGGACGGAUUCCCGCGCACGCACGUCGAUGGUUCAUUGGUCACAGUGAGACACGACACCCGUGACGACCAAUGGCCGCUAUGUUCAGUAGGCGCAGACUCUCGGACGCCCUGACGUUGGAGCGAUCCGAGCGGGGAGCCUUGGUCAUUGCCAACAUCGACGACGUGGAUGGAGCUAAUCAAAAGCUGAGGGAAGGGGACGAAGUGGUUGGCGCCACCAUCAAGUUCGACCAACUGAGCAAAGAGGAGGUGAUGGGGGUCCUGAAGCUGAUGGAGCCGUACGAUGACAGAAUCCAAGUGCUCACCAGGAACAACAUGAGCAAGAGCAUGGGGAACCUGGACCAGUUGGCCGUCAGUCCUGAAAUGAUGCUGCGCGAUUCUUACAGCAAGCUCUACAACACCAAAAUCAAGCGCUUCAUGCGGAAGGACUCGCCCGAUGGCCAGAACCCGAGGGACUUUGUGCAGACGCUGCCUCACGCCGCCAGACGCAAGACCAAGCGAGACUCGGACUUGCCUCGCCUGGGGGUGGACUUUGGACGCCUGAGCCCCACCGCGCUCGUCCGGCGUUUCAGCGCAGACUCGGAGACCGGUCGCGCCGCCUACGCGUCGGGAGCAUUUGCACAGGGGGCCAACCUGAACCUCCCGCCUCUGGGCGUGGGCCAGGUGAAUGCCGGCAGACGGAUUCAGGUGCAGCAGCGGCUGAACGAUGGCGGUCGGGCGCAAGCUGGACUCGUUUCUGGAAUUUAUGACGAUGGAGAUGAUGUGGACGCCGCAAUGGCCCUCAGAGGCACUGACGGGAGGUUCCAAGCGUACCGCCUUUCUAACGGCGAUGCGAAAUUUGAUGUGGACGGUUAUGACAUAUCACAGACUAUGCAUCUGGCCGGACCAUCGUCUCGAUUAAAUGCGCCCGGGUUUGAUCUGGAUGGUCGCAGUGCCCGAUCAGGUCUUCGGGGGUCCACGUUAGAUGUGGACGGCCCCUCGGGUGACUUUGACGUCAAAGCGCCUGGGGUCAUUGGGGAUUUCACUGAGCCAAAUCUUCAUCUGCAGGGGGUCACCGCGCCAAUCCCAGCAGUUCGCUCCAAAGUGCCCCCUGGAAAGUACAAAGCGCCCAAGUUCUCCAUGCCAAAUUUUGGUUUACCAACUGUUGAGGUUCCACGCUUUGAUGGGGAUCUGCCUGGCAUGGACAUUUCGAGUCCGGAUGUCAGACUUUCAAAGCCAAACAUCAGAGGUCUGAAUACCACCGACUGGAGUCUGAAAAGUCCAAAGAUAGAAGGCGCCUUCAGUGGUCCUGACUUGGACCUCAAAGGUGCCGGCUUAGAGAUGGAUGCUCCAAAAAUGCCCAAAUUUAGCCGCCCUAACCUCAAAGGACCUGAGCUCGAUGGACGCUUGGAUGGUCUGGACAUGGACAUCGAUGCACCCAAAUUCAAACUUGGCGGUCCCGGUGCUGAUUUCGGGAUGCCUGAUUAUGAUCUUGAUGGCCCCAACCUGGACCUCAGAUCUCCGGACUUGGGCAUCAGUGGUCCAGAUCUUAGAGGUGGAGUCAGUGCAUCUGAUCUGGAAAUGCCCAGACUCAGUCUCAAAGGCCCCAAACUUGACCUCAAAAGCCCAAAUUUGGACAUGCCAUCAGGUAAACUGAACAUGCCCGAUCUGAAUGGCCCCGACCUGAACCUGAAAGCUCCCAAGUUAAAAGGUGGAAUCCAUGGGCCUGACGUGGACUUGCCCAAAGCGGACCUUACAACGCCCAAGUUAGAUAUGAAAACUCCAGACAUUAACAUAGGCUCACCAAAGACCAAAUUUAAGUUUCCAAAACUGAAGAUGCCAAAAUUCAAGCGUCCAAGCCUUAGAGGUCCUGACCUUGAUGCCGACGUUGAUGGUCUGGACAUGGACGCCAAUGUACCCACGUUAAAACUCAAAGGUCCCAAAGCUGACUUGGGGAUGCCAAAAGUUGAUAUUGAUGGAAAGUUCAAAAAGCCAAACUUGAACAUGCCAGAUUUUGAUCUGGACGGUCCCGACCUAGACCUUAAGACUCCUAACCUGGACUUCAGCGGUCCAAAACUCCACGGUGGAAUGAACGCACCGGAUCUGAAAAUGCCUACGCUUGAUCUUAAGACCCCCACACUGGACGUCAAAAGCCCAAACUUGGAUUUGCCUGAUCUUCAGGGUCCAGACCUCAACCUGAAAGCUCCAAAGAUAAAAGGUGGCCUGAAUGGCCCCGACUGGGACUUGCCUAAUGCAGAUCUUAAAGGUGGCAAGUUUGAUCUGAAAACUCCUGACAUCAAUAUGGGUUCACCAAAGGCAAAAUUGAAGAAGCCCAAAUUAAAGAUGCCUAAAUUCCAUCGUCCGAGCCUAAAAGGUCCUGACCUCGAUGCAGACAUCGAUGGUCUGGACAUGAACGCCAAUGCGCCCACCUUAAAACUCAAAGGUCCCAAUGCUGACUUAGGGAUGCCAAAUGUUGACAUUGAUGGAAAAUUCAAAAAGCCAAACUUGAACAUGCCAGAUUUGGACCUCGAUGGUCCAAAGGUAGGUGGUCUCAACCUGGAUCUUAACUCCCCCAACCUGGACCUAAGCGGUCCUAAUCUCCGUGGUGGGAUAAACGGCCCCGAUAUGAAAAUGCCAAAAUUUGAUUUCAAAAGUCCCAAACUAGACCUCAAAGGACCUAAUUUGGACUUGCCGGAUCUGGAUGGUCCAGAUCUUAAUCUGAAAGCUCCAAAGAUAAAAGGUGGCUUUGAUGGCCCAGAUUUGGAUUUACCCAACGCGGACCUUAAAGCUCCAAAGUUAGAUGUAAAAACUCCAGACAUCAACAUUGGAUCCCCGAAAACUAAAUUUAAGUUUCGCAAGCUGAGGAUACCCAAAUUGAGGCGUCCGAGCCUUAAAGGUCCAGACCUGGAUGUCGAUCUUGAUGCUCCGGAUCUGGACAUCAACGCUCCCACGGUCAACCUCAAAGGUUCUAAACCGAACUUGGAUCUAGACAUUGGUGGGAAAUUCAAGAAGCCAAACGUUAAUAUGCCAAACCUGGACGUGAAGAGCCCCAAACUCGACCUCAAGGCGCCAAAGAUGGACCUCAGUGCUCCAGACUUGGACGUCAAGACUCCAGACUUACAGCUGAAAGCACCAAAACUCAAAGGCGGACUCGACGUCAACAGUCCCGAUAUCAACAUGGGCUCACCCAAAGCAAAAAUGAAAAUGCCCAGAAUCAAACUUCCUAAAGUCAAUCUGCCAACCCUGAAUGGACCAGACAUCGAUGGUCCAGACUUUGAUAUCGGUGCGCCAGACGUGGAUUUCGGAAGACCGUCGGGCAAAUACAGGAAGCCACAUUUGAAGGUGCCGGAUGUGGAAUUGUCCGGACCCAACGUCAAAUCCCCCAAAUAUCACGGCAAGCUCAAAGGACCCAACGCCGAAGUAAAUGUCAGAGCGCCAAAAGUCAAAGGAUCUUGGGACACCCCGAAAGCAGGCGUGCCGAACAUGGACCUCAAAGCCCCGACGACGGACUGGAACACCUCAGACAUAAAAUACAGGAAGCCUCAGAUGAAGGUGUCCGCAGGGUAUGACACGGGCCUGGAUGGCAGGGCGGAGGGUCCAGACCUCCGUUUCCCCGACGUGAGAGGUCCAAACUUUAAGCCAACCAUGUCGUAUUUAGACACCAUCGACCUCGACGGAGCAGAUGUGAGUGUGUCAGGACCUAACGCCAAGCUCAGAACUCCCGAUCUGGAGGUGGACGGCUCGAUGCUGAAAUUCAGGAAGUCAUUGCACGGCGGCUCCGGUGUGCCGCUGCCCGGGCUCGACUUGGACCAGGACUUGACUCAUUCCCGCUUUGAGGGAAUGUCCAGGGCCUCGCUGGACGCUGACUUGGGCCACUACGUGGAUUUCACACGUUCGGACCUCAACAUUGACGACUUCACCGGGAAGUACCACAUCCCCAGAGGCAGAGGCUCCGACCUGGACCUCCAGCUGCCCUCGACCUCCAGGGAUGUGACGGGUCAGCUGAGGGGCCCCCGACUCAGCGGCACCCCGCUGAACGCGGACGCCAUCUUGUAUCCGAGCCAUGCCGAGAAGGCCGCUCACACUUUAAACGACGGCCGCUGGUCGUAUUCCCAGAAAAGAGCUCCCGAUACGUCGGACGGAUACUUGGUGACCGUUUUCCCCACGCAGGGAGAAAGCGAGAAUGAGCCAAAGCAAAAGCACGGCACGCUGGGGGGCCUUAACUUUGUCUCCGGCGAUGUCAACCUGGAAGUUCCCGAUCAAGACGAGCUCAAAGGCUCCACGUACCUGUUCUCCAACCUCGUUUAAUCUUAACUGUUCUUGCGCAACAAGGAACAACACCAAACAAACAAAAAACUCAACGAAAUGUUACACUGCAGGCUACUUGUGCAUUCGAGUUGGGUUUUGGCACUGUGCAAUACUAUUUGUUGCUGUAUAAAGAAAGAUUUUUCUUUUGUUUUCCUCAUAUUCUGCUGACAUUCUGAGUUUCCUGCUAGUCCCCUGUCAAUGGUUUCUCCUUCUUCUGUUUUUCUGUAAUUCUUUUCUCUGAUGUUAUUCCAACAGACUUCUGCCCUUCUCCUCUGAUGCUCCUCCUGGCAUUCCUCUACAGUACUUAUGUCAUUCCUGUCUUUCGUCUAACAAAAAGGACCUCUGUGUGUAUGUGCACUUAAUAAAUGCCAGCGAUUCAAACCCAUAAAAGAUCAUGCUUAAUGUUCUUUUUUAAAAUCUUGCUUGUAGUUGUGACGAAAUAAAGCAAUUGUUUGUUUUCAAAAUCAAAGCUGUUCACACUGAGGAAAACGCGGUGUGUCAAAUACUGUCAGACAAAUUCAACAAAACUUUUUUUUCCCCUCUGAAUUUACUUACACCCUGCUUGUACUUACACAUGCAGGAUAUGUCAUGGACCUAAACACUGACUCAGUUGAAGUAUUUAAAUGGCACUGAAUGGAAAAGAAAAACAAUGUUUAUCUUUUCUGUGAUCAGUGGUGUCUGUGCGUGUGUGUGUGUGUAAAACGUAUAUUUAUCAAUGUUGUAGUUGUAAAUGUGAUUUGGCUCAUUAAAAUGACAUGCAAAUA